UUCCCCGGGGACCUGUCCCUGAUGUCAUAACUGAGUAACUAUGACAACCCAUCAUGGACAGCUAAGUACCUCACAGAGGAGCCUGGGUGCCUCAUUUCAGAAGUGAGACUAGGAAGAGAAGAUGAACAAUUCCCUGGAUUAUCUGGCCUACCCUGUAAUUGUCUCUAAUCACAGACAGAGCACAUCCUUCAGGAAGAAGCUGGACUUUGGCCACUACGCAUUUCAUAAGAAUAGAAUACAAAUAGUGAAGCCUACUGUUGAUACCAAACCUCCAGCAGCGCACACACAUCACAUCUUAAAAUUGAGCAAACUGCAGGGUGAACAAAAGAGAAUCGACAAAAUUGAAUACGAAAACAAGCAACUGUGUCAAAAAAUCGCCAAUGCCCACCGAGGCCCCGCCAAGGUGGAUUGCUGGAACGAAUAUUUUUCCAAGAGCUUAAACAGAGAAACAAGGAACCGGGAGCUAGUGAGAAUCACUGUGGAAAACCAGGGCAUUCUGAAGAGGCUUGGUGAUCGCAAACCACACUAUGACCGCAAGUCGUCGGAGUUAGAUUGGCAGAAUUCAAGACGCUAUAUCAGAAAUACAACCAGAUAUCUUCUCUCCCGAGAUAAAUAGGUUACUCACCAUGGAUAAGACAAGAGAAGGCCCUAGGAUUUCUUAGCUGCUUAGGAUUUCAAGGCACUCCUAAGUGGCUGAAUGCUCAAUCUUAGGAUGCUACAAUAAAGCUUGGAACAUAAAAUGAGUAAGUUACAUGUAAAAUACCCAAAGGCAUUAAGUUCCAUCCCCAAAUGGAGACAGAAUGAGGCAGGCAGAAGGAAAGAUCCAACAAGCACUUUUAUUGGGGGCUAUGAAAAGUCUUAAUGAGAGAGAGAAAGUGACAGCUUUUUAAAGCAUACACCAUUUGCACCACCCCAAGCAGGAAGAAUAGGCUGGGUGAGAUGAUUCAACCACAAGCUCAGCUCUGUGGAAAUGGAAAACAAAAAGCACAUGAGGAAAUUAAAGU